UGCUGCAGAGCGGCCAGCAGGAGGGUGGAUCUCCCGAGAGCGGGGCGCCCCGAGCCCUCCUCCGCCUCCUCCUGCCGCCCAGACUCCACCGCCUCCUGUCGGACUCCUCCUUCUGCCGCUCCCGGCUCGGAGCCUCCUGGACGACAAGGGCCGAGCACUCUCCAGCUGGAGCCAGCUCAGCCGCGGCUUCCGGACCCCGCGGGGCGGUGGACCGGCUUGCGGUGCAGAUUCUUCUUAAUCCUUUGGUGAAAACUCUGUGACACAACAUGGCUGCAAAUAAGCCGAAGGGUCAGAAUUCUUUGGCCUUACACAAAGUCAUCAUGGUAGGCAGUGGUGGUGUGGGCAAGUCUGCUCUGACCCUGCAGUUCAUGUAUGAUGAGUUUGUGGAGGACUACGAGCCUACCAAGGCCGACAGCUACCGGAAGAAGGUGGUGCUGGAUGGGGAGGAAGUGCAGAUCGACAUCUUGGACACAGCCGGGCAGGAGGACUACGCUGCCAUCAGGGACAACUACUUCCGGAGCGGCGAGGGCUUCCUCUGUGUCUUCUCCAUUACGGAAAUGGAGUCCUUCGCGGCCACAGCCGACUUCAGGGAGCAGAUUUUAAGAGUAAAAGAAGAUGAGAAUGUUCCAUUUCUGCUCGUUGGAAACAAAUCAGAUUUGGAAGAUAAAAGGCAGGUUUCUGUAGAAGAGGCAAAAACCAGAGCUGAUCAGUGGAAUGUUAACUAUGUGGAAACAUCUGCUAAAACGCGAGCUAACGUUGACAAGGUAUUUUUUGAUUUAAUGAGGGAAAUUCGAGCCAGAAAGAUGGAGGACAGCAAAGAAAAGAAUGGGAAAAAGAAGAGGAAAAGUUUAGCCAAGAGAAUAAGAGAAAGAUGCUGCAUUUUAUAAUCAAAGCCCAAACUCCUUUCUUAUCUUGACCAUACUAAGAAAUAUAAUUUAUAAGCUUUGCCA